GAGCUUGACAACUUAGGACUUUCUAACAAUACCAUCAUAUCCUUCUGGGGUGAUCAUGGGUGGCAGUUGGGAGAACAUUCAGAAUGGGAGAAGCACAACAACUUUGAAGACGCCACCCAUGCUCCCAUGAUGAUACACAUUCCUGGAGUCACUGACAAAGGUGUGGUGACAGAGCACCUGACGGAAUUUGUCGAUUUGUACCCGACUCUAGUUGAUGCUGCAGAACUUCCUAAACUUGAAACGUGUCCACCGAACUCUCAAAACAUCAGUCUGUGCACAGAAGGUACUAGUAUGGUCCCACUCAUGACAAAUCCAACAAUGCCAAACUGGAAAUCUGCUGCUUUCUCCCAGUACCCUCGAGGGGGAGACGGUCUCCAUGGUGAUGUCACCAUGGGUUACACCAUGAGGACAGACAUGUAUCGCUACACAGAGUGGAUCAACUUCAAAGGCAGGCCUAUCUAUACACCGAUGUGGGACCAGGUACAGGCAGCUGAACUCUAUGAUCAUAUGAAUGACCCAGAAGAGAACUGGAACCGAGCCGAUGACCCAUCCUACAAAGACAUCAGGGCCGAGCUGUCCAGGAAACUGAAGAUGGGCUGGAGGGGAGCUGUGCCUGACAAACACGUCUGAAAUCGCCAAUAUCAGUUGUAUCUUGUUUUCAUGUGAUAUUUGUGAUAAAGAUGGUCAGUAGCA